GAAAAUGGCCGCCGGGUUUGUUGAGGGCGAAGCGCUGAAAGCCGCCGUCUCUCCCUUUCCCGUCCUCUGACAGCGCCCGCGGCAAAGCGGGUCCUUUCCGUUCGAGCUGUAGGCGCGGUCCUCGGGCCGCGUUAUGAGACGGUUUUGCAGUAAAGAGAACCACAGCUUUUCGUGAAAAUGUCAGUUCUGAUAUCACAGAGUGUAAUAAAUUAUGUAGAAGAGGAAAACAUUCCUGCCCUGAAAGCUCUUCUAGAAAAAUGCAAAGAUGUAGAUGAGAGAAACGAGUGUGGCCAGACUCCACUGAUGAUAGCUGCUGAACAAGGCAACCUGGAAAUAGUGAAAGAAUUAAUUAAGAAUGGAGCUAAUUGCAAUCUGGAAGAUUUGGAUAACUGGACAGCACUGAUCUCGGCAUCAAAGGAAGGGCACGUGCACAUUGUGGAGGAACUGCUGAAAUGUGGGGUCAACUUGGAGCACCGCGACAUGGGAGGAUGGACCGCUCUCAUGUGGGCAUGUUACAAAGGCCGCACCGAAGUGGUCGACUUGCUGCUCUCUCAUGGCGCCAAUCCGAGCGUCACUGGUUUGCAGUACAGUGUUUACCCCAUUAUUUGGGCAGCAGGGAGAGGCCAUGCGGAUAUAGUGCAUCUUUUACUGCAAAAUGGCGCUAAAGUCAACUGCUCGGAUAAGUAUGGAACUACUCCUCUGGUUUGGGCUGCACGGAAGGGUCAUUUAGAAUGUGUAAAACAUUUAUUGGCCAUGGGAGCUGAUGUUGAUCAAGAAGGAGCUAAUUCAAUGACUGCACUGAUUGUGGCAGUAAAAGGAGGCUACACUCAGUCAGUGAAGGAAAUUUUGAAAAGAAAUCCAAAUGUAAAUUUAACAGAUAAGGAUGGAAAUACAGCUUUGAUGAUUGCAUCAAAGGAGGGUCAUACGGAGAUUGUACAGGAUCUGCUCGAUGCUGGAACAUACGUGAACAUACCUGAUAGGAGUGGAGAUACCGUGUUGAUUGGUGCUGUCAGAGGUGGUCAUGUAGAAAUCGUUCGAGCACUUCUCCAGAAAUAUGCUGAUAUAGACAUUAGAGGACAGGACAACAAAACUGCUUUAUAUUGGGCUGUAGAGAAAGGAAAUGCGACGAUGGUGAGAGAUAUCUUACAGUGCAAUCCUGACACUGAAAUAUGCACAAAGGAUGGUGAAACACCGCUUAUAAAGGCCACCAAGAUGAGAAAUAUCGAGGUAGUGGAGCUGUUGCUAGAUAAAGGAGCUAAAGUAUCGGCCGUGGAUAAGAAAGGAGACACGCCUUUGCAUAUUGCUAUCCGUGGGAGGAGUCGCAAACUGGCAGAGCUUCUUUUAAGAAAUCCCAAAGACGGAAGGUUACUUUAUAGGCCCAACAAAGCAGGCGAGACUCCCUACAACAUUGACUGUAGCCAUCAAAAAAGUAUUUUAACUCAGAUAUUCGGAGCCAGACACUUGUCUCCUACUGAGACCGACGGUGACAUGCUCGGUUACGACUUGUAUAGCAGUGCCCUGGCAGACAUUCUCAGUGAGCCUACCAUGCAGCCGCCCAUCUGUGUGGGGCUGUAUGCACAGUGGGGAAGUGGCAAAUCCUUCUUACUCAAGAAACUAGAAGAUGAAAUGAAGACUUUUGCCGGACAACAGAUUGAACCUCUUUUUCAGUUUUCCUGGCUUAUAGUAUUUCUGACUUUGCUGCUCUGUGGAGGGCUUGGUUUACUGUUUGCUUUUACAGUUGACCUGAAUCUUGGAAUAGCAAUAUCAUUGAGCUUCUUGGCUCUCUUAUAUAUAUUUUUUAUUGUCAUUUACUUUGGUGGCCGGAGGGAAGGAGAGAGUUGGAAUUGGGCCUGGGUCCUCAGCACCAGAUUGGCAAGACACAUUGGCUACUUGGAGCUGCUCCUCAAGUUGAUGUUUGUGAACCCGCCUGAGCUGCCGGAGCAAACCACGAGAGCUUUGCCUGUGAGGUUUUUGUUUACAGAUUACAACAGGCUGUCCAGUGUAGGCGGAGAAACAUCGAUGGCUGAAAUGAUCGCGACUCUGUCGGAUGCUUGUGAGAGAGAGUUUGGCUUUUUGGCAACCAGGCUCUUUCGAGUAUUCAAGACUGAAGAUACACAGGGCAAAAAGAAAUGGAAAAAAACGUGUUGCCUCCCGUCUUUUGUCCUCUUCCUUUUUAUCUUUGGCUGCAUUAUUGCUGGAAUUACUCUCCUGGCUAUCUUCAGAGUUGACCCAAAACAUCUGACCGUGAAUGCCGUCCUCAUAUCUAUUGCGUCGAUAGUGGGGUUGGCCCUCGUGCUGAACUGUCGCACGUGGUGGCAGGUGCUGGACUCUCUCCUGAAUUCUCAAAGGAAACGCCUCCAUAAUGCCGCCUCCAAACUGCACAAGCUGAAAAGCGAAGGAUUCAUGAAGGUCCUUAAGUGUGAAGUGGAGUUGAUGGCCAGGAUGGCGAAGACCAUCGACAGCUUCACUCAGAACCAGACGAGGCUGGUGGUCAUCAUCGACGGACUAGACGCCUGUGAGCAGGACAAAGUGCUCCAGAUGCUAGAUACUGUCCGAGUUCUGUUUUCAAAAGGCCCAUUCAUUGCCAUUUUUGCAAGUGAUCCACAUAUUAUUAUAAAAGCAAUUAACCAGAACCUGAAUAGCGUGCUUCGUGACUCAAACAUAAAUGGACACGACUAUAUGCGCAAUAUAGUUCAUUUACCCGUUUUCCUUAAUAGUCGUGGACUGAGCAAUGCAAGAAAAUUCCUUGUAACUUCAACAACAAAUGGGGACAUUCCGUGCCCAGAUACUGCAGGGAUACAGGAAGAUGCUGACAGAAGAGUUUCACAAAACAGCCUUGGAGAGAUGACUAAACUUGGUAGCAAGACAGCCCUUAAUAGACGGGAUACUUACCGAAGAAGGCAGAUGCAGAGGACCAUCACUCGGCAGAUGUCCUUCGAUCUUACGAAACUGCUGGUUACUGAGGACUGGUUCAGUGAUAUAAGUCCUCAGACUAUGAGAAGAUUGCUUAAUAUUGUUUCUGUGACAGGGCGAUUACUGAGAGCCAAUCAGAUUAGUUUCAACUGGGACAGGCUUGCUAGCUGGAUCAAUCUUACUGAGCAGUGGCCAUACCGAACUUCAUGGCUCAUAUUAUAUUUGGAAGAGACUGAAGGGAUUCCAGAUCAAAUGACACUGAAAACCAUCUAUGAGAGGAUAUCAAAGAAUAUUCCAACAACUAAAGAUGUUGAGCCACUGCUUGAAAUAGACGGAGAUAUAAGAAACUUUGAAGUGUUCUUGUCUUCAAGGACCCCGGUUCUUGUGGCUCGAGACGUAAAAACCUUUUUGCCAUGCACUGUAAACCUAGACCCCAAACUACGGGAAAUUAUUGCAGAUGUUCGUGCUGCGAGGGACCAGAUUAAUAUCGGCGGACUUGCAUACCCCCCGCUGCCUUUACACGAAGCUCCUCCAAGGCCACCGUCAGGCUACAGUCAGCCUCCGUCUGUCUGUUCUUCUUCUGCGUCCUUCAACGGACCGUUUGCAGGUGGGGUCGUGUCUCCACAGCCUCACAGCAGCUAUUACAGUGGGAUGACGGGACCCCAGCAUCCAUUCUACAACAGGCCAUUCUUUGCCCCCUACCUUUACACGCCAAGGUAUUACCCUGGCGGCUCCCAACACCUCAUCUCACGUCCAUCAGUAAAAACGAAUUUGCCCAGAGAUCAAAGCAAUGGCCUAGAGGUCAUCAAGGAGGAUGCUGCUGAGGGGCUUCCUUCGCCCACAGGCUCCUUGAGGGAGCAGACUUGGACAAGAAAGCUAAAGACGCCGUGGCCGUGUGACUCUGGGUUUAACAAACAAAGACAGGGGUCAGGCCCAGCCUCAGGAGCAGUGGUAUCACUGAAUUCAAUGAAUGUGGAUGCGGUAUGUGACAAACUGAAGCAAAUAGAGGGGCUGGACCAGAGUAUGCUGCCUCAGUAUUGUGCAACGAUCAAAAAGGCAAACAUAAAUGGCCGUGUGUUAGCUCAGUGUAACAUUGAUGAGCUGAAGAAAGAGAUGAAUAUGAAUUUUGGGGACUGGCAUCUUUUUAGAAGCACGGUACUAGAAAUGAGAAGUGCAGAAAACCAAGCGGUCCCGGAAGACUCGCGUUUACUUAGCGAGAACAGCAGCGGCCCGGUUCCCCACGGCGAGUCUGCUCGGCGCUCCUCCCACAACGAACUGCCUCAUACUGAGCUCUCCAGUCAGACCCCCUACACACUGAACUUCAGCUUUGAGGAACUGAAUACCCUUGGCCUAGACGAAGGUGCCCCACGUCACAGUAAUCUAAGUUGGCAGGAAGAAAACGCUGCCCUUGAGAUAGAUACAUCUUCAGAGGAUCCAAUUUAAACUAAGGCAACAGGGGCUCUAGAUCUUAAGUGUCCUGCCCGUAGACCCUAUCUCGUGGCAAUUCGGGUAGCUUCUCACAGUCGGCUCCUCGCCAAACAUAAGGGGUAACGAAGACACUACCGAUUACCACUCAGUAAUCCUGCUACCCGCUCGCUGGAGAAGAGAGACUGGCUCACCUCCACCAGUUUUCUUUGUGGCUAGCAGUUGUAAAAUUUGAAUUCGUUUCAAUGAAGUGUUCCAUUUAUGCAAUUUUAGAUAAAAGCCCAAACGUAUAGCAAAAAGCAUGUGAAUGGAUUCAACAUAACCUAACAUUUCAUGUCUCAUAGCAUCUUCUUGGUCAAGUAGCUAGUAAAAGUUAGAUUGUUAUUUUCAAAAUUAUAGCUCCUGACACUAGUACCUUUUUAGCUAUGUUUCUGAGAAUUCACACGCAGCAUGUUGUUACGGUUAAUGCAUAUUAAACUCUUUGUGUUUCUUAAAAAAUGAUUUUCUUUUUGAGUUCUUUGUGUUUUUCUUCCUCUACUUUUCACCUGAGUUCUUUUCACUCUUUUUUUUUUUUUUGGUCUUAAGUCAUCUUUGUUGUCGUUGCUGUUGUGUUUACAUUGUUCUAUAUUCAUCCUAUUUUACCAUAAAGCGUUCCUUAGAGCGGCAGAUCGGGAAAGACCCUCAUUACCUUUUAGACCAAGCCUUGGAUUUCAGACAGCCAGCGGACAUUCAGUCAGCACUUGUGAAGUGAGUGAAUAAAGUCUACCGUAAACUGGGAGAGUGCCCACACAUCCAUCCUACACUGUGUCUUAAAAAUACUGAAUUGGGGGGCGCCUGGGGGGCUUAGUUGGUUAAGUGUCCGACUUUCGGCUCAGGUCAUGAUCUUACGGUUCGUGAGUUUGAGCCCCGCGUCGGGCUCUGUGCUGUCAGCACAGAGCCUGCUUCGGAUCCUCUGUCUCCCUCUCUCCGCCCUCCCCCCCCCCCCCAAAAAUAAAUAAACAUAAAAAAAUAAUUAAAAAACUGAAUUGGGAUGCUUUUAUGCCGUGGCUUCUGCUGCGGUCCUUGCAGCCCCCACCCACUCUCCCCUCACUUUAUGCCGCCCGCUACCCGUCUGGCCCCUAAGCUUUUCUGUUUGUGACUCUGGGAGUCUGCCAGGACAUUUUCCCAGGCUCUGUUAAAGACUCCCAGGGAAGGAUCUCCACAGCCCAUCUUGAUAAGCGCCACCCCUUUACGGUGCUAGGCUGCAGGUUCCAUGUGGAUGUGUUUUUAAUCCUCUCAAUCCCUUUGUUUAGCCCUUGGUGGAGAUGCCCAUCGUAUAAAUUAACAUAAUUGUGGAGUCAGAUUAAAAUGCUUCAUUCUACAUUUUGCUUUAGGAUGUUGGAAAUAUUUUCAGGUGUAACUUAGCACGCACAUGUUUUCUCUGAACCCCGUGGGACCACAUCAUUAUAACGAGGACCUUCCUCUGAGAGCCAUCUCAGAGAGUCUGGUAUGUAGGCUUACCCACUAACAGCUUGGUCUUCCAGCCUUUCUUUCGGGAGGAUUCUUUACUAUGUUCCCUGGCCACCCGUCAUUGCUCUCUGCCGUGUCUCUGUCUCGGGUGGGCCUAAGUGUGACCAACAAUGGGCAUGUUAUUCUGGGAUUCUAUCCUGAAUACUUUAUACACGAGCCGGCCAUCAUGUGUUUGAAGAUUUCUUCAGGAAAGUAGGCUAACCGCAAAAACAAGCCCCAAAUCUCAUUGACUCAAUACUGUUGAGGUUUAUUUCUUCUUACUCCUGUGACAGUUCACUGUCAUCUAAGUUGGCAUAGAGCCUCGGAGACUCACGCCCCUUCAUCUGUGGCGCCACCAGGUUCCAAGGCUUCAGAGUCCCCUGUCCAUCUCCCACGUUCCUUGGACACACGAGAGCAGAGAGGGAGGAGGACCGCACACCAGCAGUGAGCUCCAUCCAGGCCAGGAGGUGAUGUAGAUGCACUUCCAUUGGCCUUCCUAAGUCCUGUGGUAGCGCUCAGCCACAAGGGAGGCUGGGAGUUAGGUGAACUGUUUCUGCUCUGCACAAAGAGCCAACAUUUUGGUGAGCACGUAGGAGUCUUUUCUACUUCGGUACUUGAUGUGGAUUAUCUGUGGCAGAUUAAAUACUGUGACUCAUCUUGUUUUCAACGUUAACAGCAGUUAGUUCUUUUUGUUGACAUCUCUUUUAAAUUUUACUUUGUAUGUGGUUUUCCUUCUGGUAGAGAAGUCUGUUAAAAUUAUAACACCUCACCUAGAAGGAUUUUAGGGGAGGUUGGUUUUCAGUUAGCCAGUUCUUUCUGUGCAUCCAAGAAAUUUAACAGAUUUCUAACAUGGAGCAAAUUGCAGGGAGAAUUAAGCAAGGUUACAAAUGGGUAAAGAAUAAUGUUUCACCUUCCCUAGAAUUCUUUUCUAUCCAAAGACUCUCGGAUCAUCCAGAAUCUGCCCAACUUUCUGUUGCUGUGGAUUCUUUGAACUUUCUUCCUCCUGGCACAGAGCCAACAGCACCCCCUGGCUGCUUUUCCUUGUACUUGAGAUGUGGAAGGAUGUGGUGCUGGGAGGCUCCCGCCCCCCUCCCCGGGGUGGGGCCUGGUAGUUGCAAGAAGCUAGACCCCUGUUAGCGACCACUCCUAAUUGGGGAAAUAGAGCUCCCACCCUUAGAAGUCAGUGGAAAAUUAGACUUUAGGCCCAUAAUUUUGUUCUUAAACUCGUCUGUAGUCUAACUCUCUUGACCACUUUCCAGUUUUUUCCCAUCAGUAUUUCAUCGAUUCUAAAUGCACUUUUUUUCACGGUGUGACCUUUCUGAAACAUCUUCACAACCAACAGCAUCAAUGGCAGCAUCGCUCCUUAACAUUUCCUAAGGUAACGACACCUCCUCCAGUGGAUGAGGUCUUUCUUGUUUGGUUGAUCAAACAUGAUAUUAUUUUAAUAUAUGGCACGGUCAUGUUGAACUGCACUUUAAGCAAUAGCAAUGAGCCGGUGAUGAUUUGUAUGUCACCGAUGUCCGAAAGUCACCAUUUUAUGUUGAGUAUUUGUGUUAUCAGUCAUUACUCAUCCUGUAUUCAUUUUGGAUACUUAAAGUAUUGUUAUGCAUUUAUUAUAAUAAAAUAACUUCCAGUUAUUGAACACACAUUAUGCGCCUGACAAUGUUCUAAGAGCCUUAUAUGUAUGAACUGAUUUCAUCCUCACAACGACUUCAUAAAGUAAUUACUAUUAUCCUCAAUUUGCAAAUGAGAAACUGAGUGACAGAGAGACGACGGUCACAUAGCAGUGAAGUGAUGGGGUCAGGUUCCAAGCCCCGGCAAGGUGGUUCUAGAAUGCCCAUGCUUCAUGCUACAUUUAUUUUAUUGUUCUUUAGCUGGUUCGGGAUGGGUCAGUUCUUACAUUUUUCAAGAGAGAUCUUAAUUUUAGCUUUAUUUGCUGCACCAUCAUCAUUGCCUAUUUGUCUUUAAAAUAGGGUUUGGGGGUCUCUCUGUUUUGUUUUAGAAAGAUAGAGAUCUAAAAAUAGUCUAUAGUCCUGUAAAUUACAUUUAUAGAGAAAAAAAUUUUUAACAUCAAGCACCUUUGUUCCUACUAAUGAUUUUGGAACAAUGUCGGAGUUUUGGUUAAAAAUUUAUUGACUUUAAAAACAUCUUUUAUUCCAGUAUUAUUGACGGAUUAGACCACUACAUUAAAGUUUGCACAUAACGUUGAAAAUAAUUCAUUUUCUUUGCAGUCUUACUGUUAUUUGGCUUUCUUAUACUUGCUCUUCUAUAUGUCUACUGUCAGUAUUCUGUGUCAGAUUAUAUCCUAAAUACUGCAAUAUGUAUUUUUCUUUAUAUCCUAUUAUUGAACAGAAUUAAUGCUUAAUAAAUGUUAAUAGAUAAGUAA